AUGUCCCGUUUGCAGGCGGCCACCUACUCUGCCGUGGCCAAUGGCGGGUCCGGCCGGCCUCGAGGACGGAUGACUGGCAAAGCCGGCGACUUUGCAGAGAGCCACCAGGCACAGAGCACCGGCAUCAAGCGGUGGGAUGGCAAGGCCAGGACCAGCCAAGACUGGGACUGUCUUCGCCAGGACCCGGAUCUCUGGUUCCGCAACGGCAACUGCCAUGUGCACCUGUACGGGAAAGGUCAGUCGCGGCGAGGCCCUGUUUUCAAGGUGCCCUUUUCGACGCUGCUGGCGGCCCAGUGCCACCCGCUGGUCGAGCGGUUCAUCGCCCCCGACGUGCCGACGGUGCCCGAGGCCAGCGAGGCGUCUGACUGCGGCAACGACAGGCGGGCGUCGCUCGCCACGCUCGACUACUGGGCCCGUAUCCGGCGCGUCGGCCGCGUCGACCUCUACAUCCCGCCGCCCGUGGGCGCAGACCUGGACCAGAUUCUGAGCCACCACGUGGCCAUGCGCAAUCUUUUUGCCUGGAUAUUCCGGCGGCCGCUGGUGGGCGAGCAUCUUGGGCCAGUGUUGACGUCGCUGCUCGAUGCUAUGCGCGACUUUCGGUCAGCCGACAGCGACAACGUGCACGAUCUGCUGGUGUACAUCGACGAGGCCGGCUAUCUUCAGCUGACGGGCCAGCCGGACUACGCGAUGGGCGUGUUGCAGCUGGCCGAAGCAACGCAGAACCGGGUGCUGUACAUCGAUGCGUUUUCGCACUGUGUCGGCAUGUACAACCGCCUGUAUCUCAGGUCAGAAUACUCGCACAUUAGCCCGACGUCCCGACGGCUGAUCCGACGGGCUCGACUGGAGAUGGACAUGCGGCUCGGUGCAGCCGGAAAGAUGCUGAAGAACUUUCUGGACGAGGAGCUCUCGGAGACAUACCUGGGCCUCACGACGGCAGCCCGCGCCCAUCUGGAUCGAUUCCGGACGUAUAUUCUGGGUUACUACACGACUCGGCUCGGCUACUACCCGCCGUCGUCGAUGGAUGUGCGCAGCACCAUUUUUGAGCCACACAUUCUCCGGUCUCUGACAGGCGACUUCCAGGCGCUGUACGACUACCUGGUGGACGAGGAGUACACGAUUGCGUCGGACAGUCCGACGUUGGCACACGGUGGCGUCUGCGUGCUGCAGAGCGUCGAGUCGUUUGACGAGCGCCACAAGUUUCCGACAAGGGCACAUCCGCUGCCACUGCUGCCACAGAUUCCGUCAGCAGCGAUGGCAAGCGGCAAUGGCAGCGGAAUGGGAGGCGGAGCCAAUGGAAACGUUAUCGGACGGCGCAACCGGAUGGCCUGGUUUAGCGGCAGGACGAUCGACAAGCUGAUGCAGAGCCGGUCGGAGAAGCUGCGGCCGAGCAAGCGGCUGCUGGCACACGCGGCGCUGUUGAGGGCGACGACACAGACGGAACGGCCGGAGCUGUCGCAGAACGAGCUCGUGUGGGCGUACCGGCGGUUCGAAGAGGAGUCGGUACUGUCGCCCGUGAAGGCGGACCGCGGCGAGAAGAUCUCGAUGGUGGACGCGCGCAAGGUGCGGUGGAUUUUCAUCUACGCGGUGCACCAGGCACUGCAGAACCACUACCUGCCGCCACCGGCGGAAGUGCGCGAUGCCGGCGAUGUGCCGUACCAUAUCAGCAUCUCGACGGCGAACCUGCCGCCGUGGCAGGACAGCGAUGCGGGCAAGAAGGCAGCUUCACCGGUCUCGCGCCGGCUGACGAUCAUGUCGACUUGGCCGCAUUUAGCCGACGGAGCCGACAUGGAAGACGGGAGCAGCAGCGAUCGGUUUGGUCCAUCGACCUUGCUUCCCUCAACGCCGGGAGUGUCGACGCCCGGAAUGACGGACGAAGAGGAACAGCGGCCACCGACGCCCGAGUUCUCGUUUGAUAUCCGGCCCGACAUCGACUACCUCGGCCUGGCCAACCGGCACGAGACGGGCGGCUGGACGGAGAAUAGCUCGCAUGCGUCGAGCAGCAGCUACCAGCACCAGGUGGAAGUGUUACCGCGCACGCGCAGCUUGACGAGCAACCUGUCGCGAAACGCGGCCAUCCGACGGUCGCUUGUCCUCUUCCGCAGCAACAGCACGCGUCCGCGAAGUGGGAUCAUGGUGGUGGACGAGCAGAAAGGCGCCGGCGACAACUCGAUAUGGCCAGAGUCUGAGCAGCAGCAGCAGCGACAGGUGCGGCCAAUCUCGCGGAGUCACGCCCGAUCGCCAUAUCACGAGAUCCUCGUGCACGGCUAUGGCAACGGCACGAACCCGGUGUGCAUCACGCCGUAUUCGUCUGUUGACGGCCGUCAGAGUGGUGGCAGCGACGGUGUGGUCUCGCCGACAACGGCACGCACCCUGUCGACAGCAUCGACUAACUCGACCAACUCGAACGCGUCGGACUCGUCGGCCGAGAGCGCCAAGAGCGUCGAGAGCGCGGCGACGACGAUAUCGAACAACAGCGGCAAGAGCAGCUUCCGUCAGCGUGCGCCACCACCACUGACGCUGCCUGUAGCCAAGAGUCGGCCCAGUACGGCGACGCCGUCCCCUCGGGCAACUGGCUUUCGCAGCGUGUCGUCACCGCUGACGCCAAGGGCGCCCAUGUCGACGACACGAUCACCGGUUGCCGCUCGCAGCAGCGCCCGUCCAUCGCAUCGUCGUUUCAGCGUCUACGGCGGUGGAGACGAGUAUGCGAUGAUGCGGACGCGCCGCAAUAGCGAUGCCAGCCUCCGGGCAUCGCGUCGGAGCAGCACCAUGGUUCCGGCCGUGCCCAAGAUGCCGUCGCUGCGGCAAUACCGGGUGCUCUGGAACGAGCGGCCACACUCGUCGCAGGAGAUGCUGCUGGCCAUCCGCGAGAGCCGCGAAAGCCUGCAGACGGGCUAUGCGGUCGUGCCGGCAGCACCGACAUCGCCAAAGCUGCCGGGACCAUCGGCACCUCCCUCCAGAGCUGUGAACAGUGCCGGCGACGUGCAGCCGGAGUGGGAAAAGUUCUCCGCCGGAUUGGGUGGACACACGGUGCUUCCAUGA